CCUUCGUCUGGAAUGGCGCCAGCUCCGCGUCCCAGCCACAUCCCCAAGGCUCCGGGCGAAGAGUGGGAUCCGCAGAGCCCCCACCCGGCAGUUGUACGGGAUUACACUAGCCCCAAAGUCCAGGAGGGGUAGAGGGACGGUGAUCUGUCUUCUGUAGCUGCUUCCUGCUGGCAUGGGGCCACGAGGUGACGAUGUCAGUUGGAAGUGGUGCGCAGGUGCUGUGUGUAGACAGUGCUGGUGGAAGAGGCUGAAGGCACUUUGUUUCCGCAGUCUCAAGACCAGAAUAAGUAUCUACAGUCAAGGACAAAGUAAAUGAAUAAACUAUGUCCUGUGGCCAUGUGAGCUGGUGGAUAACGGAGCCCUCCCGGCAGUCCCCAAUGGGCCUGCUUUCCCCUCCAGCUCAGCUCUUCCAGGACCACCCAAAAUCACUCUGGGUAAUCACUGAAGCUGGCAGAGGCUCACAGGCUGUGGCCUUCCGUUCCCAGGCGCUGCAGACGGCAUGGACCUGCAUCGAAGCCAAGAAGUCCUUCAGGAAACCCAUCUCCCUACGUUGCAUUCCUGGAAAAAGAAGAUCAUGAGAGUCAAGAAUGGCAUCAUCACUGGCAUGUACCCAGCAGGCCCCUCCAGUUGGCUCAUCGUGGUGGCAGGUGUGAUGUCCUCAACGUACGGCAAGAUCGACCCCUCCUUGGGAAUCAUUGCCAAAAUCAAUGAGACCCUCGACAUGAUGGGCCGCAUGUCCAGCCAGACGAAGACCGUGCUCAGUGGCGUGCUCUUCGGCACGGGCCUCUGGGUGGCCCUCAUCAUCACCAUGCGCUACUCCCUGAAGGUGCUCCUCUCCUACCACGGCUGGAUGUUCGCCGAGCACGGCAAAAUGGGUCGCGCCACCAGGAUCUGGAUGGCUAUGGUCAAGAUGCUUUCAGGCCGGAAGCCCAUGCUGUACAGUUUCCAGACUUGUCUGCCGCGCCUGCCCGUCCCAGCUGUGAAGGACACCGUGCACAGGUACCUGGAGUCCGUGCGGCCGCUUAUGAAGGAACAGGACUUUAAAAGGAUGACGGCGCUGGCCCAAGACUUUGCUGUCAAUCUGGGGCCAAAGCUGCAGUGGUACCUGAAGCUGAAGUCCUGGUGGGCUACAAAUUACGUGACGGACUGGUGGGAGGAAUACAUCUACCUGCGAGGACGCGGGCCGCUGAUGGUGAGCAGCAACUACUUUUCGAUGGAUCUGCUGUACCUCACACCAAGUCACAUUCAGGCAGCACGAGCUGGCAACACCAUCCACGCCAUCCUGCUCUACAGACGUGAACUGGACCAGGAGAAGAUCAAACCAAUUCUGCUGGGAUCCGCCAUUCCCCUCUGCUCGGCUCAGUGGAAGCGCAUGUUUAACACUUCCCGCAUCCCGGGAGAGGAGGCGGACACCCUGCAGCACAUCCAGGACAGCAGGCACAUCGUCGUGUACCACAAGGGGCGCUACUUCAAGGUCUGGCUGUACCACGACGGGAGGCUGCUGCGGCCCCGCGAGAUGGAGCAGCAGAUGCAGAGGAUCCUGGACGACCCCUCGGAGCCCCAGGCCGGGGAGGAGAAGCUGGCGGCCCUCACCGCAGCCGACAGAGUGCCCUGGGCCAGGUGCCGCAAGGCCUAUUUUGGACGUGGGAAGAACAAGCAGUCUCUGGAUGCCAUCGAGAGAGCGGCGUUCUUCGUGACGUUAGAUGAAAGCGAACAAGGGUACAGAAAGGAAGACCCGGAGACCUCCAUGGACAGCUACGCCAAGUCUCUCCUGCACGGCAGGUGUUUCGACAGGUGGUUUGACAAGUCAUUCACAUUUAUUAUCUUCAAAAAUGGCAAGAUAGGCAUCAACGCGGAGCACUCCUGGGCAGAUGGGCCUAUCAUCAUCCACUUCUGGGAGAAAAUCGUGGCCACUGACUGCUUCCAGCUGGGCUACGCGGAGGACGGACACUGUAAAGGGGACACCAACCCUGGCAUUGCGUACCCCACCAGGCUGCUGUGGGACAUCCCAGAGGAGUGUCAAGAGGUGAUAGAGACGUCCUUGAGCAGUGCGGAGCUGCUGGCAAACGACGUGGAUUUUCAUUCUUUCCCAUUCGACACCUUCGGCAAAGGGUUGAUCAAGAAGUGCCAGACAAGCCCGGACGCCUUCGUGCAGCUUGCUCUCCAGCUCGCUCACUACAGGGACAUGGGCAGAUUCUGCCUCACCUACGAGGCCUCCAUGACCCGGCUCUUCCGGGAGGGGAGGACGGAGACCGUGCGCUCCUGCACCACCGAGUCGUGCAACUUCGUGCUGGCCAUGGCGGACCCCACCCAGACGGUGGAACAGAGGCUCCGCCUGUUCAGGCUGGCGUCUGAGAAGCACCAGCACCUGUACCGCCUCGCCAUGACCGGCGCCGGGAUCGACCGGCACCUCUUCUGCCUCUACGUGGUGUCCAAGUACCUCGCGGUCGAGUCCCCGUUCCUGAAGGAGGUGUUGGCUGAGCCGUGGAGGCUGUCAACAAGCCAGACGCCUCUGCAACACGUGGGGCUGUUUGACUUCAACAAGAACCCGGAGUACGUGUCCAGCGGAGGGGGCUUCGGACCGGUUGCCGAUGAUGGCUAUGGUGUGUCGUACAUUAUCGUGGGAGAGAACCUCAUCAGUUUCCAUAUUUCCUCCAAGUUCUCCAGCCCUGAGACAGAUUCUCACCGCUUUGGAAAGCACGUGAAGCAGGCAAUGACGGACAUCAUCGCCUUGUUCGGGCUCAGAUCCAACUCCAGGAAGUAGCCGAGUCCCUGAGUGGGAAGCAGCGCGGACCCUGUGGUACGGCCAAGUGAAAAUUAGGUAUCGACCCUGCCCCCGUCCAGGACGGCUCAGCGCUCCUAGAAAACCCCAAGUCUCCUCCAGAAAGGAGGUGUCGCUUGUUUCCCUAGACGUCCGGCGCCACCGCGUGACUGCAGCCCUGCUCCCGCCAGGCGUGCGCCCCAGCAGGGAGGGCGGCAGCCUGUGGCGUCCCUGGAGGAAUGAGUGGGGCUGCACUGCACACACACUGGACAUGGGGACGGCGCUCCGCAGAGGGCGCGAGGGCCUGCCACGGUACCCAGGGAAAGGGCGUUCAGGUCGGCAGCGGAGAACUCAUGCUAACACACACGGAACGCGCGAACCGGAAACGCCGCGCUCUGGAGCCAGGCGGUUGUCACCAAGAGCUGCUGCCCUGGUCUGUUCCAGGCUGUAUUCCCCUGCAGGUGGAAGCAAGCCCCAGGCCGCGUCUCUAGUGUCCUUGACCUCGCUCCCUUGUCUUCCAAGCGCAGUGCCUUAGAGUGAACCGCCCUGGAUGGAAGGGCCGCUGGGUGGCUUCCCUGGGGAGGCCUCGGCUGGCAUCGGGGGUGGCUCGCUCCCCUCGACUUUGAGUGUGGGCCACUCUGCGAAGCGUUUGCCACGCCCUCCCCAUGGCUAGAAAGAGCAGAGCCCACCGGGCCAGCGCUGCUAGGGCCUCAUUGGACGGGCUUCCCGUGCUCCCCGAGCCUUAGGGGGGACAGGCGUCUGUCGGGGGCGGGGGGGAAGGGAUGUGAUGGUGGCUGAGCUGUCUGGAGAAGCCACUGACGAGUCAAUACCACGGUGCUCACGGUCACUGCCUCCCCACACCACGGUCAAGGGGCCAAGAGGCUGGCCACGAGGCUGGGCCAGGGAAGGGCAGCCACACCGUGGCCAGUGGUUCACUUUCUCAUCCCACCUGGUUGGAGGGAAGCCCCUCUCGUUUCCAAGGAGCAGGAGCGGUGGACACAGGGCGCUGGGCCAUGCUGUGGCAGAGCCGCGGGUGCCGUGACGGGUGCGGGGCUGACGCGGUGCGUCCUCCAGGCACCAGCCCUCCACGAGAGCGUCCACGCCCUGAGCCACCUCCCUGCGGGUGCAGGUGCAGCCCCGUGGAAUGUCAGGACGGGCUUGGCUCUGGCCUCCAGGCGCGCAGUAUUUCUGUGCCCCUGACAGCAAGAGCCAGGGCCGAGCUGUCGGAGCCACUGAAGGCGGACGCUCGCGGAAGAACGCAGGCAGGCCUCAUUGAUGUUCGCUGUGUAACGGGGACCCCCUCCUCACUGGGCACAGGUUCUUGUCCUCCUAACAGCAGGAUCCGAAAGAGCAGCCACCGAAGGAAAGCUAAGCCAGAAGCCGCAGCCAUGAGAGCCAGGAGCUCCCGUGAAGGGCCGGCGGCGGCCUUCCCCACACCCGACCCUGCUCUGUUGACCAGGACCCCGUGUGUCACCCUCGGCCCCACGGGACCCGGAGUGUAGACGUGCUAGUGCCGACGCGCAUGGGCUUCCCUCUCAGGUUCUCCGUGUUUCCAGUGUGACGUUCAUCUGUGCGCUCGUCCGUGCAGUGGUCUGCUGCGUCAGAGCAGCAGAAUGCGUUCCUAUUGUACAGCUGGAAGGGGUGUAAGGACGUGAGGGGUUUCAUUUGGAAGCAGCCGUAGCCUUAACGCAGCCGUGACUGGACUCCUUACCUUGUCUGUCCAUUGCAUGUCAAUACCAUUUACACCUGAGAUGCGCAGUGUGGACGUGGGUCACCGUGAAUAAAACAGUCCC